CAUGGACGUUACGUCAGGAAGUUUCGGGAAGGUUACAGAGCAGUUACAUCAGAGCGUGUGCUGCGUCAGUGUCGCAUUUGGGUCCUGAGCAGCGCAGAGAGCAGAGGGUGACACCUGGAGUUCCUGGUAAUUAUAGUGCUGUCACAGUGAGGGGGGGGGGGUGUCAAUAAACUCCUAUCAUGGCUAGCACGUGCUUUAUAACUUUAUAUCUAAUCACUCUGUUCCCCAUCACUCCCAUAGCAGGCACCUGGCUCCUUUUAUAAACAGUGCUCAUUGUUAUUAUAUGGUUUGUCUCUUGUUGUUCUGUAAGUCUGAUCACCAGUGAUAUUUUAUGAUAUUUUAUCAGUGACUGUAAAAUGACAAUAACACUGAGCUUUUUUUUAUUAAUAAUUGUAUUUUUAUUAUUUCAUCAUAAGUAUUAGUGCAAGAUUACACCAUGUUAUUACUUUUUUUGUUUGUUUUUUUUUGUAGUGUUUAGCCAGGUUCCUUUUAUACCAAUAUAAAUAUAUAAGACCUUUUAUACCAAUAAAUAAUUAUAAUAAUAAACUAUAAUGCUAAGCUCCUGCAGUUCUACUAUAUUGGGUUCAUAUAUGUUGGUGGAAAAAAAAGUUAUCAAUAUUUUUACCCUUUUGUACCAACCCUGCUGCCAAUAUGCACAAUUUAUUUUCUCCUGUAUUAUUUCUGUGUACCCCUCUCUGUUCCAACAGUAUCACACUACGCAUUAUUGAAACCUCAGGUCUUGGGUAUCUUUUGUACUCGACCGUGAUCGAAUAAAGUGACUUGUGGGUGAGGGUCGUUAGGUAACAUUACAGUGCAUUGAAACAGGAAUACAAAUGUAUACAACAUAAAAUGUCUCCCCAUCAAGUUGUAAUGCCUUGUGUUUGUUUAACCCCUUAAGGACACAUGACCUGUCAUGAUUCCAUUUUAUUCCAGACGUUUGGUGCUUAAGGAGUUAACGGACCACUAAAGUCACAAGCGCAGUUUGUGUAUGUGUCAAGGUGUUUGUAUGUGCCAGUGUGGAUGAAUCUGACACACACACACACACACACACACUCUUUCAGAUAGUGGCACACAGAUAUAUACACACACACACACACCUUGACACACAGUGUGUGUAUGUGUAUCUGUGUUUAUAUGUGCCGGUGUGUGUAUAUCUGUGUUUAUAUACUCCAGUGUGCGUAUCUCUGUGUCAAUGUGUAUAUGUAUCUGACACACAGACACACACUGGCAAAUAGAUACACACACUUAAAUACACACAGUGACAUAUACACACACUUGCACCCACAGAUAAACACAGGCACAUGCAAACACACUGAUACACAGUGACACAUACACAAACCUUGAUACACACACAUACUCUGACACACACAUACACUCUCACUGAGAAACACACAUACUCUUUGACAAAAACACAUACACUCUUACUGACAAGAACACAUACUCACUGACAAGCACAAAUACCCUUUGACAGACACACAGACGCAUACAAACUUCCUAACAGACACAUACAAUUUUCUCUUUUUAUUUAUUUAUUAUUUUUUUAAGACAUUUUUUAUCAACCCAGCCCUCCUUACCUUUAGAAGUGCGGACAUGGAGUCCCUGUGGUCCAGUGGGGAUGCUGGGCGAUUGGCGAGCGGUCCUGGGGUACAGUGGGGCUGCUGAGUGACUGGCGUGCGGGCGGCGAGGGAGCUGAGCGGGGGAUCACUGCUGCCCGCGGUCAUUUUAUUUUUUUAAACUUUUGGCAGAACCCCAAUAGGGAAACGCUGCUCUUGUGGCUGUCGUGCUGUUCAGAUACUAUGUGCAUUUCUUAGGCCCCUUUUUUAUAUUGUAAAAAUGCUUUCUAGUCCUUAGUGCACUUACUUUAGUGUAAUUCUUUUACUGUGUUAAACUUGUGACAGAAUGCAUGAGUGUUCUACCGAGUUAGCUUGUGGAAUCUGUUUUUAAGUCGAUGAAAACUCCUAAACAGGCACUGAAUUAGUAGCAAUGUGAAUGUGAAUUGUUGUAGCACUUCUAAUAUAAAAUGAACAUUAAGUAUAUAAAAAGGCACUUUAUGUGAAAACUACAUUUAUGUGCUUUAUUCAGUUAUUCUCACAUCUCAAAUGUGGAUGAACUUUAUUCAGUGUGGAGCCUGUUUUUAGAUUGAAAACCUUUUUCUUUUUUUUCCCUGCAUUUCCAGGAUCAUUAAUAGAAAUAUUGUGGCAAGAUGUUUGCAGCAAGACUGGUAUUCCUAAGGAGCCUCCCAACAGUGGCUUUUCGCUCAGCUUUGAUCCAGGGAUCACCAACUGUGAGAAAUGCUCCUCUCAAAACAAACCAUUGGUUUUUGCAACCUAACAAGGUAUGGGUUUUCAGCAACGGAUUACUCAGUUUGUAGUGUAUUCUGUGUAUGAAAUAGGGAACUACUAUUAUGGCUGAGUAGUUGUUCAGUAACUGUUUUUAAAGUUAUUUCAAGCACCAUAAUAACUUCAGUGUUUUGGAAGUGAUCAUAGUGCUUGUAGUCUGUUUGUGCAGCAUAUCAUUAAAGGGAUACUGUAGGCAUCAAAGUAACUUUAGCUUAAAGGACCACUUCAGCUCAAUGAAGUGGUCUUGGUGCCACGUCCUCCUAUUUUUAACCCUGCAGCUGUAAACAUAGCAAUUUCAGAGAAACUGCUAUGUUUACAUUGAGGGUUAAUCCAGCCUCUUGUGGCUGUCUCCCUAACAGCCACUUGAGGCUGCUUCUGCAAUCCACAAUGCGAAAAAUCGCAUUGAGGACAUGCUGACGUCCAUAGGAAAGCAUUGAGUAAUGAAAGGUUUGAAAGCGUGCGCGGCUCUGGCUGCGCAUUCGGAGCUGGUGUUGGCAGCGCCGAUGGAGUUUGGCGUUGGAUUAAGAUAAGUGGUUGAAGGGGUUUUAACCCUUUUAGCCCAGAGGGAGGGGGCGACCUAUUAACCCUUUAGUGCCAGGAAAAAGAGUUUUUUAGUUUCUGUUUAUUGAGUCAUUGCCACACCUCCCCUGAAUGUGGCUCUCACAGCCUGCAUAAAUUAAAUUACCUUAGAGGUUUUUAUCUCCUGCUGUAAAUUGAACUUAAAUCACACACAGGAGGGUCCUAUAAGGUCUGGAAGGUUAUAAACUGAGCAGGAGAUAAUUUCUAAACUAAACAGACAGUGCAAUAAAGGACAUUUUUAUCAUAUCUCUCUUUACAGAAAGUGCUCUGGAAGUCACAUGCAGGGAGGUGUACCUAGGGCUGCAUAAACAAAGUUAUUUAACUCCUAGAGAUGGCAGAGUAUUGAGCAGUCAGAGAACUUACUCAAGCGUGCAAGGGUUACUACAACCAAAAAUAGUGUUUUAUUAAAAAAAACUUUUUUUGUUUUUUUGUUUGAGUAACCCUUUAAUUUCCUCACCCAAAUAAAUAUGCUUUGUUUUAAGUCAGAGAAGAUACAAUUUUGUCAUAGUUUUGCUUUGAAAAAAAAGCACAGGAAAAGGUUAGGUCAGCUUUUGUGACCUUGAAGCUCUUCACUUGGCUUCAUUCAUGAUGGCUGAUGUCAUUGGUAUCCUUGUUUUGUAAAUGCCUAUUUGCAUUUGCACAAGAAUGUCUGGGAAAACUUGAUUUCAACUGCCUUGCAUGAACUCCGCUGGGCCAAAGGGGUUAAAACAUCUUCAGCCACUUACCUUAAUCCGGCACUGGGGACCUCUAUCCCUGCCGACAUCGGGUCCCGAGUGGAGCCGAAUGCGCAUGCGCGGCCAGAGCCACACGUGUAUUCAAACCGCCCAUAGGAAAGCAUUACUCAGUGUUUUCCUAUGGGGAUCUGAACUCACGCUGUGAGUUCAAUGCGAUAUUUCAGACUGAGAAUCGUGGAAGCUAUCAGGGAGACUGUCUCUGAAACUGCUAUGUUUACAGCUGCAGGGUUACAACUAGGGGAACCUGGCACUCAGACCACUUCAUUGAGCUGAAGUGGUCUGGGUGCCUAUAAUGGUCCUUUUAAGGUGACACAACGGCUUGAAAACCUAGUUCUUAGCAGAUCUGGGCAGAAAACACACUCUCUCACUCACUCUGGUUUUUAAACAAAGUGUCAAUCCUUAAGUUUGUUCACUAAAAUGUGAAUCAUUGGAAAUGUAAAAUUAAUAAAAAAAAUUGUGCCAAAAUACUCAAAUUUGAAACAUUAUCCUAAUCAGUUUAUGUUUUUGAAUACUCUAGUAAGUAAACCUGGGAGGUGUUCUAUGGUGGCUUAUGGAAUUGAAAGUGGCAACUGCAUGCAUGUUCCACUUUUUUAAAAGCAUCAUAGAUAUUUACACCUGUAUGUUGAUAGACGCAUGCAUUUUUCCCAACUAAACAUAGAAGUUGGAUUUUUAUAUUUUUAAAAUGCAAGUGGUAUGUACUAGAAUGCAACUGUUCCCUCAACCACUGCCAGAAGCUCUGCCUGAGCAAAGUCAGCCAACGCAGGGCCAUGCUCAUUGGCGGAACGCUUUUAGCUUGGCUUUCAGGCAGUGAGCAGUCCCAGCAGGGCUUUGCUUAGCGGAGCUUUUUUAAUCUCCUUGCAGGAACUACCAGCAUCAGGAUAGGUGGCUGGCAGUACCCAGACAAGUUGUCUUAAAAGGUUUGACUACUCAGUGAGGGCGCAAGGAUACUCUUGACACCAUAACCACUAUAGAGGGAUGCAGUUUUUAUUGAAUGUUCAUUUUAAUGCUAAUGUCUCAAAUGUUUAACUUGUAAAAUGUCUGUGUGCCACCUGGGUGGCUGGCAUAGGUUUCUGCCAAAUGAUUAAACUUGUUGAAGUAAUGUGUGUCUGUGUCAGUAACGAUAAUGUCUCUAUGCAUCUUUCAGCUGUUCUAGCCUAUAAACUUGGUGGUGACAUUUCUUCAUUCUAUUUUGUUCUAUGAUAGGGCUAUGCGUCCAAAACCCGGUUUGGAUUACGAAAAGCCAAAUCUGCUCGUGAAGAAAUUAAAGAAGCCGCUUUUGAGCCAUCUAUGGGCACAGCCGCAAGAAGUAAGUGACUGGAAUUCAGGAAUUUGAUUUAACAUAACUUUGUUCAACCUGAAAUUGUUAAUCCUUUUAAUCCUACAUAUUCCAAAACACAUUGAUCAAGGAAUUAAAAUGGAAGCUGUAGGGUUAAAUUGACUUAUUCUUUGGUUGUGAAUAUUUGCAUUUAGAAGUGGGCAAAAUGGCUGGAUGCCAACUUAAGCAUGUUUUCUUUUAUGUUGUUAAAGAUAGAAGAAACACCCUUAUUGUCCUGAAAGCAUGCAAUCACCUCUCUUAGCUAACAAAUAAUGAUAUUGCCUCUCCUCUUAUCACUUUUAUGAUUUAUAUUAUCACAAACCAACACCUUAUUUUAAAUGAUGGCUUGUUAUUGCUUUAAAAUGUAGCAUUGCAACCCAUUUAGAGAGUAUAAGGUUUUUAAGCCUGAUAAACUGGUACUACAGGCAUCAAAAUUACCUUAGCUUAACUUAGUGAUUUUUGUGUGUAGAUCACGACUCUUUCCUCUCACUGCUAAAUCCUAAAUGCAUAAUCAUAGUUAUUUAGAAUUUAAAUAACUAUGUUUAUGCAGCCCUGGUCACACUUCGCCUACAUGUGUCUUAAACACUACCUGUAAAAUGCUCUAAUAUUUAAAUUUCCCUUUUUUUUUUUUUUUUGCACAGUUUGUUUAAUUUAGAAUGUCAUAUCUUCUGCUAUGUUAAUAACCUGCUAGAGUCUGCAGGAGCAUCGUGCGUGAUUUUUAAAGUUACAGGGCAGGAGAUAACACUUCUAAAGUAAGUUAACGUCUGAUUUUUAACAUCUAAACUGUGUGAUUCUCAGCCAGGAAUUGUGUAACUGGGGCUCAAUAAACAGAACCAAAAGUGAUUUCAUUUAUAAAUGGCAGAGAAUUGAGCAGUGAGACUGCAGGGGCAUAAGUUAUACACCAAAAUUGCUGCAGUAAAAACAUGGGAACCGAGGGGAAAAAAAUUGUCUUCCAAUUUCUUCCCAUUUUUGUUGAAGGGGAAAUUCCCAGCAUCCCAGCCCAUCACAUGCUAUAUCACUGGAAAGACCAGGAUGUGCUCUUUACAAUACAGCAGGGAUUGAUAGAGUAGCUCAAAAGAAUAAAAGGAGAUGCAUGUGAAAAAAAUGUCCAGUGCAGAGGACACAGGUUAAUGGGCUGGGUCUUGGAAGGAUAAGCUAAAGUUGUUUUGGUGCCUAUAGUAUAUUUCUAAUAUGUAUGUGAAAUGCAACUCCUCCUUUGUUGACUAAUACAUUGGCUAGGAGAAGUCAUGAAAUUAUGAUUUUUAUAUAUAUUUUUUUUCCCCCUUUUAACAUAAAUUUUUAUACAUUUUAAAAGAAAAAGAUAAUGGAAUGUAUUGUCUUUUCUUGUAUUUCAGUUGACAUAACUGGCAGACUCAUUGUAGCAGGCGGAGCUGUUGUUGGUCUUGGUGCUCUAUGCUAUUAUGGACUGGGAAUGUCCAAUGAAAUUGGUGCCAUUGAGAAAGCUGUGUAAGUGGUGCAUACUAUAAGGUUUUAUUUAAGCAGUUUAAUAUUGGCAGAAAGUGGUAUUUUAAAAUGUAUAAAAAGCCAAUGUUAAAAGCACUCUGUGCGCCAUAGUCAAUACAGUGAAUGGUGGUUAUCAUGCCAGGUGUCCACUUGGCACCAUGUUGCCCUCAAGAGUCAAAACUGUUUUCCUGCAGUUAAACACAUGGAUACCCACUGUUCAGUCUCUUUUCAUAAUUAACAAUAAAGUGAAGUUCCUCUUCUGCAUUGUAUGAAACUAAAGAUGACAAUUAAUAUUGCUGAUGAGGAAGUUUUCACUGCCACAUGUGACUGUUUGUUUGUAUUUUAUUUUUCCUGGGUAUCAUGAAGAUACCAAAGUUGGUGUUUAGAGGGGCAUUUAAACUUUCCUUUCUUUAGGGCCUCCUUUUUCCUAUUCACGUCAUCGAUUUGCUCGUAGUAGAUAGAGCCCCAAUGGCUCUGCCGCUCGUGUACUUUCACACAUGCCCAAUAUUACAAAACAAAUGUCUAUGGAAGAUCCCUAGAUCUUGUCUCACGUGCACAGUGAGCGUUGAUACCUGUACUCAUCAGUUAUCUCCCAUGAGAACACCAAAAUGCAUUGACGGCUGUCUAAAACCAGGCCUUUUCCCACAGUUUGCCAAAUGUAAUGCCUGUUUUAUUCUUAGUAAUUCCAAUGAGAUUCCAACAGAGAGGUUUAGUCACUAAACUCUUAAAUGUAGAGAAUUGAAAUCUGAAUUGCAAAAUCAAACAAACACUACCAGACUGAAAAGCAAAGUUGUAAAAUGUCUCCAAAUCUGCUAUAUAAAGUUGACGUAUGCCACUCAGAUUACUGCUAUUGAGUCUAGUGUAUCCAAAAAUCACCCAGAUCGGUUCAGGAAUUUCCUGGAAGUUUUAUUUUUGCCCCACUGUGCACAUAGUCCCAUGCCCAAAAUAGUUCCAUACACUCGACGACAAAACACCGCUGGACUAUUAAAGAUGGCCGCCGCCACAUGUUUGAAUCUGUUCCAGUUAAAAGUCCAAGGGGCAGAAACAGUACUUUUGAACAUGGGUUUUCACAGGGCCCAUAGUCCCAAGGGCCAUCCUUUGCAGAAACCAUUGAAUUAUAUAAAUAAUUUAUUUUUAAUAUUUUCAUUUAUCGCUGUAUUCCACCAUUCAAAUGAUGGUGGAGAGAGGCAUCACUUCUCAUUGGGUAGUAUUGAAGUCAAGCACACUAGUCAUUGUUUAUAGCUAGGCACCCAUGGUGUCGCACACCGUACCAACCACAGUAAUUGAUAAAUUAUUUGGGUUUUGCAAGUGGUUACUCCUGACCACUACCGUCUCAUAGGUACACUUGGUAGGAAGGGUUUUAGGUGAAGAUCUGUGUUGUCAAAUACAAAAAGAAUAGAUAAGAGAAAAAUCAGGGAUGAUAUCCUAGCACUAUAACUACUUCCAUAAGUGUCCCUUUAAUUUUUAAAUUUCAAACUGCUACAUUGUUUCUUUGUCCUCACUAGGUAUGAAACUGUAUUUUACUAUCCCUACCUCCACUAAAAAAAGUAAAUCUUGUCUUUAGUCCCUACCAUUUAUGUAAUUCUGCAGAAAAAUGCAAUUCAUGUAACGGAGAAUUACACAAUUCACUGCUAGAAGUCACUUAGCACUCAGUGCGUCUCUAUGGAAUAAUAUGGAGCCUGAUCCUGGUUGCUCCAGGCCGUCUUUCAAGGACUUCAUCCUAGACAAAUUUUCAGCAAGUUUGAACUACAUUUAUUGUGAUGCUCGGCCAGUUCUUUCUGACAUAUAUUGAUGCGAAGCAGAAGUGCCUGUUCUCUGUGGUUUACUGAGCUUCGCAAGAUGUCAUGCUAUUAGUCUGAAUCAUUCCAGCACUAGGAAAUGGUAAUCAUUAAUUAACAGCUGAAGCAGGCAGGGCUUAAAGGUAGUAUCUUAUAUUCAUGUAAAUAAGCAUUGAUACUUUUUAAGGUUAGGAUUCCCAAAGGUAGAUUUCAAGGCCUGCUGCAGGAUUAUGGAAAUAAGAAUUAAUUCAAAAACAACUGAGAAUAUCAGGCACCCCCUGCUGUACAGUAACCUUUACUGCUGCAUAUUCCCUGUAUGUAGUCAUAUAAACUGUGAUUUAAUUAAGAAUUUAAAAAUAAAAAAAAUGGACAUUAUUAAAGACCAUUAUGUAGUCGUGUGUGUUUUGUUUUUUUUUUUUGUUUUUUUUUCUCUCCUGUAAAUGCCUAAGGAAAAUGAACUAAGCAUUUGAUGUUCAUAAAAAAAAAAAAAGUUUGAUCCUUUUAUAAUACAAGUGUUGCAACAUAAUAAAUAAUUGGGUCCAUUGUCUUAUUUUGCUUUCUUUGUGGUUAUUUUUGUGUUUAAUUUGUGUGUAUGCUCUAAAUGUCAUUUCUGUCUCUCUUUCUCUAGCAUUUGGCCUCAGUAUGUAAAAGAUAGAAUCCGAUCAACCUACAUGUAUUUCGCCGGCAGCAUCAGUCUCACGGCUCUGUCUGCAGUAGCAGUCAGCAGGUCACCCGCUCUCAUGAACCUGAUGAUGAGAGGCUCCUGGCUGGUGAGGUUCUAAUCUCGAUUCUGUUACUACGGUGACAGAAUGUAUGUCAUGUGUCCCAGAUUACUGGAAGUUUUGUUAGGCCUGCAGUUACAAUUUGUAACUGAAAUAAAGCUAGUUCCCUCAGCUUUGCUGUGCUGGCACCAAGGGGCUUGAGUGUUGUAAAGUGCAGACAGAGAAUAUCUGCAUCAUGCAGCUAAACUUCAAAUUAAAGCAUAUUGUGUUUUUAAAGGGGAAUUGCCACUUCUCUGGAAUUUACAUCCGUAAAACAGUGAAAAUCAAAUUUGUAUUUUUUUUAAAUGUAUUUUAUGCAUUUAAAAGAUGUUUCUUUUAAAGGGACUCUCCAGGCAGCAGUUUUUACUCACCUGGUUCCAGCGCUGGGAGCCUCGUGAAGCCGCGACCCCUAUUUCGUCAAAAUGACGAAAUAGGCGGGUGCGAGCAGGGAGCAAUCAGACGCUUCCAUUUGGAAGCGUCAUUGCUCCCUUGUGCGCAUGCGCGGCUUCACCGCACAUGCGCACAUACUUCAUAGCCGCCCUCUGAAGUGACUGACAGCUCAGCUCGCGGUCUUUGCCCGCCCCCCUCCUCAGCGGACAGGCAGAAGAGAGAAGGCGCGCACAGUGCCUUCUCUCUCCUGCACACGUCAGACGUAUUUUAAUACGUCUGACGUGUACAGGGCCUUUUUAGGGCCCUGCAUGAUAGGAAGUCCAUCUGUUGGCCAUCAGAGUGACGGCCACUGGAGGUAUUCCUAUCAAUCAAUGUAAACACUGUAUUUUCUCUGGAAAUACAGUGUUUACAUUAGAUUGCCUGCAGGGAGCUAUAGAUCUCACCUGAACAACUACAUUAAGCUGUAGUUGUUCAGGUGACUAUAGUGUCCCUUUAAAUUUUAAGCUACAUGUGUUGUCUCACCACGUUUUGUGUAGUGGUUUCCAAAAUCACUGCCACUAUAAGCCUGCCAACCAAAUCGGUACCCAUUUCAUUUUUACAUAGCAUGAUGCCUGCAAAUAUCAUUAAACCAUUAAUUCCUUAAGAAUACAUGAUGGAUAGUUUAAUGCUGGCGUUUUAUUUCCGAAGCUGUGUCCCUAAGGGGUUAAGCGAUACGGUAAGCCUAUAAACCAUGUUUGUAUUGGUGGGUUUCUUGGUCUGCACAGUCGUUUAGCUCAUGUCUUCAUAAGCAUAUUCCACAGUCUCUUCAUUGAACAGGUGUUUGAGAUAUGCUAAGCACACUCGUUCUCUGGAGAAAUGUAGGUGUGAAACAAAUGAGAGGAUGUGCUUUAAUUCCAUUAUGUAUUUUAAAAUGGUUAACUUUUAGCCUGUGACGUUCCUUUGACAUUAUACUCUCCUUACCUGCUUACUUUCCCGCUAGAUAGACAUUUUCAUAAAUUUGCAAAGAUCUUUCUUGCCUUUUUGCCCAUUCAUGAUUUUCCAUAAUACUAAAGCCAACAAACGAGGAAGCAAAGAUAGACAGAAUAGUCGUACAUAAAGCUAGGCCAUUUUUGAAGUAUGGAUUGUCAUGAACCCAACCUCUCCCUCUGCCAUCUUUCUAUCCACAUAGAUGUGAAAGUCAGACAAGAGGUGGGAACAGUGCAUUUGUUCAUUCCUACCCCUAAAUGUUUUACUCGUAUUGUCCUAUGUCUCCAUAGAAAAGAUUGUGUUAUAUAAUUGUAUAUUUGUGUAUGUCUCCUUACAGGCCAUUGGGGCUACAUUUGCAGCAAUGAUAGGAGCUGGCAUGCUGCUAAGAUCAAUAUCAUAUGAACAAAGUCCUGGAUCUAAGCAUCUUGCAUGGCUGUUGCAUGCAGGUAUUAAGUCAUUCUGCUUUUCACAAUGAGGUCUUUACAUAUUGAAAUUACAAACUCAUUUCCUGGAGUAGUGUUUAACCCCUUCCCGACCAAUGACAUACCAGGUACGUCUAGCACCAAAUGUCAUUGGUAACUUCUUUAUUUUAAGUUCUGAAGUUCUUUGUCAUCUAGUUACUUGGAAUCAAGACAGGCAGUGCAGAUUUUCAGUGCUGCGUACAACCAAACUGUCAGUUUGGAGCCAUCAGCUUUCUGAGGUUAAGCAGUUUUCUUUCCUAAUUCAUAUAUUUUUGACAGAAGAAUCUUUCAGUCCGUAUUGUAAAUGGUUGGUUUUAUUUUUAAGUUUUGUGGGUAUUGUUUUUUUUCCUUCCCAGUUUGUAAAUCUAUUUAACCAUCUUCUUUCUUAUGUUUCGUUCCACAGGGGUGAUGGGAGCAGUGGUUGCACCAUUAACAUUGUUAGGAGGUCCUUUGCUAAUUAGAGCUGCCUGGUACACAGCUGGCAUUGUCGGAGGUCUAUCCACUGUAGCCAUGUGUGCCCCUAGUGAGAAAUUUUUGAACAUGGGGGGACCCCUGGGGGUUGGUCUUGGACUUGUUCUCGCCUCUUCCAUAGGUAAAUGUGUGUUUUUUGUUUUUGUUUUUUUUCUUCAAAUAAUUUGUGUGUGUAUGUAGUUUAUAUAUAGAUAUUUUAUUUAUUGCCAAUGUACCUGCACACAAGGAUAAAUACCUAAUACCCAGUGCUUGCCUGCAUUAUAUAUAAUGUCUGUAUAAUAUAAAUAAAUGAGGAAAUCACAAAAUAAUUUUAGCAUAAAUUUAUAGCGGUUUUAUUUUGGUGUGAAAAACUUCGAGAUAACCUAUACUUCAUCAGUAUAUAUUUUUAGUGCCCCUUUAAACAUACAGUCUCUCUUUUUCAUGGUGAAAAAAUGUAACAUUUAUGCAAUAGUGUGUGUAUGCGCGCGCAGUUAUUAGCAAGAUCACACACAAUUGUAAGCUUACUGGGGAUUUUCACUACAUCUUACUCACUUCUUUCCCCUGUUUGUAUUUCAUGAGAGAGAGGUUUAAAUAAGUCUGUGUCUAAAAGUAUAGUCACAAAGAAAGACACAGAGCAAAAUGCAGAAAGUGUAGUUCAAUGUUCUAACAAAUAACAGAUUGUAAUGAAUUGCAGAAUUUAUUUUUUAUAUAUUUAUUUUUGUCCUUGUUUAAUUAAGGAAGUGCAUUCCUUCCUCCGACCUCUGCAUUUGGAGCCGGUCUUUAUUCUGUUGCAAUAUAUGGGGGCUUAGUGCUUUUUGGAAUGUUCCUUCUGUAUGAUACACAGAAAGUCAUUAAACGGGCUGAGACACAUCCAAUGUAUGGAGUACAGAAAUUCGACCCAAUUAAUUCGUAAGUAUCAACCGGCAUCACUUAUUCUAUUUGAAAAUGUUUUAAGCUGCAAUUUUCUGAAUUCUUUAAGUAACAGUGUAAAAGAACUAAUGACAGGCUAGGGUCAUAGAAAAAUCAUUAGACUUUUAGAACACUCGUUUAUAUUUAGCACAACAAAAUAAUUGUUGUGCACUGAUUGUUUUGCUUUUUCGUUGUUCUUAUUAACCUGGCAAGCUAAUGUUCAUAUUAUUCUUUUUGUUCAUACAGUGUUGUAAUGUCUAUAGACAGCAGAUUUUUCAACCCUUUGCUUAGUUAAGCUUGAUUUUCAAGAGAGAAAUUUUUUUUUUUUUGUCUUUUCUGAGAGAAUGGUCUAUGAUAAUGCAGUUUUGGGACUCCUUAAACUGGGCUGUCCUUUAUAUGAAAACCCUCUAUUACGUAACACUUAAAGGGACAUGAUAGGCACCCAGACCACUUAAUCUAAUUGAAAACGGCAAUGUUUACAUGUUUACAGACAGCCAUUAGAGGUGCUUCCUGGCCUUUAAUGGAGUUUGAUCUUGAGAAAUGAUGCUGGACAUCCUCACACUAUGCAUGAGGACGUCCAGCAUCGUCUUAAUCCCAUAGGAAAGCAUUAAUUCAAUGCACGCCCACCAUGCAUUGAUUCCAUGCAUUAGCCCCCCAUCGGCAGAGGUUUGUGGGCCAGGGGGAGACUAUACUGUUAGGAAUACAGUUUUGUAUUCCUAAUACUAUAGUGUUCCUUUAAGAUGUACAUCGAAUAAUGUGACCUUUUAACACUUUAGAAUAACUUUCAUGAACAACAUAACUUCAUUUUGAAUUUUCUCAUCUAGAUGCCUGGGGAUUUACACAGACACUCUAAACAUCUUUAUUCGUGUGGCCAUGAUGCUGGCUGGAGGUGGAGGAGGCAAGAGGAAAUGAAUCAGUGCAGCACUCAUAACCUCAUAUUGAUUGCUCUCCCCAAGCACUUUACUCACCUACAGAACCAUAAAUACAUGCUAAUAUAAAUACCAUCAACCAGAUUAUGUUUAUAUUUGACAAUAGAAAUAGAAGCAUGUUGAUUGAAUCUAUUCUAAAAGCCUUGACUUCUGAAUAAACACUCAAUUCCCUGGUAUAAUUUAAGAUAGAGGCAAAGAAUGGCACGGAAGCAUUCAUCUUUUCAGUGGUAAUGAAUAGCACAGGGUGUAAGGAACAGAAGAAAAUCACUUUACAUUCUGAUGAAAUUACCUGGCAUGGAGAAAUAGUAGAUCUUCAAAAUUUUGAUCGCUAAAAAUAUGGUGCCGGGUUGGAAAGAUUUGUUUGCAAUUAUCUCUGUGCAACAAAUAAAGAGAUUUAUAACCUUGUCAUACAUUUUAAAGCGUAUUUGCUUCACCCUCAGAAAAUGCCUAUAUUCAUAUAUUUAAAAUCCGCUGCAGAUUAAUGCCAUUUCCCUAGUGCUCCAUGCUCCUAGUCAUGUAAACAUGUUAUCUGCAAAAACUCCUAAUUCUAUUAGAUAUAAUUAUUUAAUCCAGAUGUCACAUUCUUACUCCCGGCUUAAUAUGUGCUUGGUCGCAUGCAUGUUAUAGAUGCCCUUAUCACAUCAAGUUUGCAAGAAUGGGUUAAAAGACCAUUCUCAUUUUGUGCUAAACGCAAUGGGGAUUCUGAAAAUGUUGUCUACAGAAAAGGCAAAUACAGUCUGUCCUUGGUAUACAUGAGGACUGUUAAAGGAAAAUUUCCUAGGCUGUCAAAACUACUGUACUAUGGUGACAGUCCCUUUAUACCUCUUUUAAGGACCAAUGACUGUCUAUAUUGCUAUAACAGUGUUGUCUUGAAAUAUCCAAUUAUAAAAUGAAACAUUAUCCCUAUUUAACGACAGAUGGGCUGUAUAUGUUUAAAUAUGCUAAAUGGACAGAAUCUUCCAUUUGGUACAAGGUAGAUUGGACUGCGAUGAAUGCUUUAUCGUUGGUUCUUAAAGAGUUAUGUUUCGUUGAGAAGCCACCGUUUUCUUUUGGGGUGUAUUUUUUUUUUUUUUUUUUCUUAACAAAAUUAGGAAUAUAUUUGAAGGUUUUGGUGAUUAAUAGAGAGCUUAAUGUUAAGUGAUUCAUGUGAUACAUUCUGAGUGUUAUAUAUUUUUGUUAAAAAAUUUGUAUAUUUGUUUAAAUUAAAUAUGUAAUAGGCACUUGUUGGUUUAAUCAUUUUCACCUAUACUUCGAAGCACCGGUUAUCAAACUGCUUUUUGCAGCCAACUACUUGGAAAACGUAUCUACUCGAAAAUGUUGAUGAUUUUUUAAAAAAAAUAUUUGACUGAUGAACAUUUUAGGCAGUUUCUAAUUGUGCGACAAACUGGGAAAAUAAUUCCUUCUUCCAAAAUGGCAAUUGACCUCUCCUUUGGAUCCGUGCAUAGAAAAUUUAUGGAUAUACAAACACCAGUCACUUGUUUCAUCCUUUCAUGCUUCAGUAAUACUAGCUAUGUCAGGGCUGCCCAAUAGGUAGAUCCCCAGGUGUUGUUGAAAUACAACUCCCAAGAUGCCUUUAGAAUGACAAAGCAUCAUGAGAGGUAGUUUUACAACAUCUGGGGUAUACCUAUUCGGCAUCCCUGAACUAUAUCAUACAGGUCAUAAUACACAGGCUCUAAAGGCUGAAAUCAAUGUUAUUCCUUAUUUGGGAGAAAAAUAAAUAAAUGAUAAUUAGCUCCCUCUUUACAGUCUGUUGUAAUCUCACCACUCCAUCACCCUGGACUUCAGCUAAGUUCCCCUCCUAUAUGUCCUUCCUGAUUUCUGAAUGUAGAUAUUUGAAUUCACACUUACCUAUUUUGUCAAAACGUGUAAUAGUUUGUCUGAUUUGUUAAAUCUCCUUUAAUAAUAUUGAAAAUCACUGCAGAAUAUUGUCCACAGAAAUCCUACAAAACAAAUUACGGGAAUAUUUUCUUUAGGCCAGGGCUUGACAAAUUUGUUUGGAAUUUAGGAGCCAAUUAAACAAGUUAGGAGCCAGUCAUUUUCAACGAGAAAAAGGGACACUAUAGUCAACAGAACCACUACAGCCUGAUGUAGUUGUUCUGGUGUCUAUAGCCUGUCCCUGCAGGCAUUUUAGUGUAAACACUGCCUUUUCUGUGAAAAGGCAGAAUUUACAUUGCUGCUUAGUAACACCUCUAGUAACAGUCACUCAGACGGUCACUAGAGAGUCCUGAGUCACUGCUGCACCACAUGCAGCACCCAGGUUCAGUAUCUCCAAGCUCUGCAUGGAGGUGCUGAAUGUUCCUCGUAGAGAUUCAUUAAUUUAAUCCAUCUCUAUGAGGAGAUGUGGAUUGGUACAUUUGCUGCGCAUGCACAAAAUCCUCCCAAUGCAUUCCUAAGGGAAAGCAUUGGCUUAGCUGAGAUCAUAAAGAUUAAUAAUCUCAGCCAUGGGGAAACUGGCACGGCGUGAGAAAAAGGUGAGUAAAAACGAUCGAAGGGGGGCAAGUACCUAAAUGCUUGCACACACACACACACACACACACUGACAGGCUCACAUGCACACUCACGCUGACAACAGGCUUGCACGCACAAACUCUUGACAGACUUGCUCGUGCACACACACAGUGUCUCUUGACAGGCUCACACAUUCUUACGCUGACAACAGGCUUGCACACACUGACAGGCGUUCACAUACACACGCACACACUGACAGGCUCGCGCACACACAUACAGACACUGAGAGGCUUACACAGACACUGUGACAGGCUCACACACACUCUGACAGGCUCUCACACACACAACACAUAUUUUUGUUUUAAUUGAAACUCACUCAGCCUCCCUACCUUUUGGGAGAGCUGAGUGAGUCUUUCCUGGGGUCCAGUGGGGCAGCUCUGUUCCUGUGUGCCACGGAGCAGUACUCUGCCUGCAGCUGCUCUCUGCUCCCUCGCGCUCUGUAAUGGUGCCGGGAUUACGUCCUAUCCCGGCUCCCGAUAUAAUUACACAGCGCGAGGGAGCAGAGAGCAGCUGCAGGCAGAGUACUGCUCCCGCGGGUGGCCGCCCACCACCAUGCUCCCGCUCCCUGCAAUCUUCCCUGUGACGGCCACUGUCAAAACUUCCUCGGCCACACUAACUAGAGAGCUAGCACAUUUCAGGCGCCAGGGUGAAAUUUUUCAUCGACCUGGCGCCUGGGAUUUGUUGAGCCCUGCUUUAGGCUGUAUGUAUUAAAUAGUUUUGUUAAAUAUUUGUGUUUUUUCUAGUUUACAAUCUCCAACCAUCUAACAAACCCUGUUUAUUUCAACAGUUAAUAAGGAUGGGCUCACUCUUUGGGUGCCAGGAGACCCUACCUAUUCCAGAGUUGUCUUCCCACAUAACCAUUAAUAUAAGCUGUAGUAUUUCUAUUGCUUAUAGUUCGUUUAACCCCGUGUUUAAAAUUGGGGGGAAAAAAAAAAUCUCUUAGUGACACUUAUAGAGCACCAACAUAUUCCGCAGUGCUGUAAUAUUGGGGGUGGUACAGUACACUGUGCACAGAUCAAUUCAAAAGGUUGAGAGCCCUACCUGUGGCCUAAGAUCUAGCCAUAGAAGCUCUUUUAUACGAAGUGCCUAGUUAGAUAGCCCGUGAGCUUACAAUCCUCCUGAACAGUUUCAAAAAGCCAUCAAUACAACACAGCGACAGUGAUAGAAAUAAAUUUUUUUUUUUUUAAUCUUUAAAUGCUCAUGUACCGAUUUUGUAUAUGCGAUUUGAU